CAGCAUAAAUGCUCAUUUACUCCGAAAAUAAAACGUGCGUUAAAGAAAAAAAAAAUUAUUUCUGCUUUUUUUUUCUUUUUCUCGAUUUCAGCAUUCUUUUCUCAGGUAAGCAAAGCUACCACAAAAUACUGUACUUAAAAAUAAGUUUAAGAAUAAGUUUAAGAAUAAGAAACUUCAUUCCUGGAAACUUAAUUUUAGAAACUUCCGCUCCAGACUUUGGAUCGCGAGACAGUCCCCGACAGAGAGUCAAGAACGUGACUGAGAACCCGUUCGUUCUGUAGUGGUUAUAUAUGCGGUAUUCCUUGUACUUUGAAAGAAAAAACGGGAGACAAUUAUCGGUAUAUAUACUGGUGCUGGUAGGCUAUGGGACAAGGAUUGCUGGCAAUGGGGGCCCCUUUGUUGAUAGGUGUGGGUUGGGUCCUAAGAGUCCUUGGACCUGGGAGAAAUUAAACGGCAUGCAUUCGUGAAAUAAUCAAAACGACUACAGGACUUCCAACGGAUGGACUUUGGUAGGCCUGUGAACGUGUCUAAAUAAAGCUGGAAAUCUCGUUUCCCCCUUCGUCCCCACUCCUCUUCAGACUCAUUAGAUGUUUAAUGGAGCUCGCCUCGUUUCAUAGUCACUACAGGCUUCCCUCGCUUCCCGGCAUCCUCUCAAACAGCCAGAUAGCAUCCAUCCCGAAUGGUGAGUACGUGGACAUUGCUGUCCUCUUUCCUUUUCCUCGUUACUACGCACGUGAUCUGAAAACGGGAACAAGGCUUUGGCAGCCUGGCAACAGCAUUGUUAAAUAACACUCUCGCUAGAGGAUCGUGCAUUGCGGAUUCGCCAACUUGGCGUCGACAUCAGAGACCAUCAUCGCCGAGGUCUGGAGCAGUGAUGACAACGGCUGGAGAGUCGCUUUCUUGGGGACGAGCAAGUCGCAACGCGGAACAGUUUGCCUAGGUUACCUGUACGAUAACAGGAUACAGAGAGUUUCUGUUGCAAUGCCCGGAUAGUUUACGGUAGAGGUGCUGGAAGAUGAUUGUGGUGGGGCAGUCCCACCGCGAGUUUUCCGAGGUUUAAUCGUCUUAAGCGACCAAAGCAGAGAACAACUUAGCUUGACGAGUAAUUCACAACUGAGACAGGGUAUGAAGCGACGGGAUUUUACUAAGCUUGGAUUGACAGAGAGUUGAGGAGGGGCAGGACAUGUCACGAUCACAUGCAAGCAUGAGUGGAAAACCACUGGGAGCCUUGUCACAUGAGUUUGCAUACAGAAACAAAUUUUCACUCUAGUUAGACGUUGACCCCGACCUAUUGCACGCUAUAGUCAUGGGUUAGCGGGACUAUAGCUACGAGCCAAUAAUGCUUUUAAAGUGGAAAAGAGAACCUAUUAAGUCACUAUUGACUACAGUCUAAAUACUUAAACAUCUCAGCUCUGAACCAACAUCAUUGUACUUGUAGUGAGGUCAGGCGGGAUUUAACACUCAACGUUCAGAGACGCCAUACGAGAAAAGAGCCAUUGUCAAGUCGUUCAAAAUGAAUUUGGUUUUCGUGGUCGCUUUCAUGGCAAUCUAUUUGGCGGUUGGCGUGCGUUCAGCGUCCGUUGCUUACAGCAUUUCCAACGAUAAACUGAUGGUCAAGGGCACCGUUGACGUGAACUUGAACAUUCCCAUAGAAGAAGUUUGGGACGGCUUGUCUAAGAGUCACAGAUAUCCCAUCAUUAACAGUGGUGACACUGUCGCUCUGCGGUCUGCCUACACUGCCUCGACGUCUUGGUUGCACUGCCAUAAAUCUCACGGCGACUGGCAUUCCUGCCAAGGCAGCACUAUCCUCACCUCCACAGGAUGGACCUCCUGCUCAACGCUAACGUUUACUAUCACUGCCAGGGGAAAGUCGGAUGGAGAACCAAUCAACAGUGGCGAUACAGCGUCACUCAGUUCCAACAGUUAUGGUAGCAGUUACCGACUGUAUUGCUCUGCUUCUUCCAGCACCCAUUGUACAGUACAAUCAACCACCAGUUCCAUGACAGGAGGCGCCUGGCUGAGCUAUUCGUACGUCACCUUUGAGAUCUACUCCAAGAACGCUGAUGAUGGGAACCCUGUGCAAUAUGGUGACGUGGUGGGCCUCAAAUACCCAUACAGUUCUAACAGCGCCUGGCUGACUCAGGACAGCGGCAGAUUUUAUCCUCGUAGCUGCAGCAGCAGCAGCAAAACAUCAUGCGCAGCUGAAAACUCAAACACUGGAUUUAAUAUCUUCAAGAAAUUGUCAUGAAGGGAUAAGUUUUUUAGAGCUGAGGGUCCAAAAUCCUCAAACAAACACUCAAGUAUUAACGGUGGUACUGUAGAUUCGUUUGCGCUAUCAUUAACGGACUAAAAGUCUUAACUUAAGUAUCGGGAAAAUUCCCCCGGGGAAGAACUCCCAUAUAAAAAGGACGGGGAUGCUCAUCGUACAUUUUAGGGGUUAAAAACGCGGUUUUGGUAAC